UAAAUGAGUCAAGACCAAUAUACAUAUACUCCAACAGCUGCCUACGUUCUCCAGCUCCACCAUCCAGGCGGUCUCUCGUGACCUCAACAAUUUAACCCAGCGGGCAGCGCAGUUGACGCUCGCCAGCGAGCACAGAGGACGUUAGAAAGAGGAUCGAACACGGUGAGAGUAUCUAGUUAUCCACAGAGAUUCCAAUCAAGCUUACGGCCCGGGAAGCGUCGUAGACAUGGGGAAUGCACUCGCAAUCAUAACCACAAUCAUCGUGAGCAAGAGGAUGAAGAAGAAAAUCAUAAAAAAGGUCUUGGAGGAGAUCGAAAAAAAGAACCGCGAGACGCAAGCCAGCAACAACGCCGUGGAAGAUGCGGUGAUCGAGGUCGGGCCAGUCGAGACGUUCCUGAAUCAGAUCCUGAACGAGAAGCCGAUGCGUUUCAGCUCCGAGCAACUGGCGGCCUGCACCCGGAACUACUCGUCGGAGCUGGGAUCCGGCGGCUACGGCACGGUCUACAAGGGUGAGCUCCCGAACGGCCUGCUGGUGGCCGUGAAGGUGCUCAAGGUGUCCAUGAACAAGAAGGUGCAGGAGGCGUUCAUGGCGGAGAUCGGCACUAUAGGCCGGACGUACCACGUGCACCUCGUCCGCCUCUACGGCUUCUGCUUCGACGCGAACACCAAGGCACUAGUCUACGAGUAUUUGGAGAAGGGGUCGCUGGAGAAGUACCUUUACUACGGCGACGUGGAGUGCAGCACGAGCACGGGCAAAAGGCUUGAGUGGGGAACGCUGCACGGCAUCGCCGUCGGCACGGCGAAGGGGAUCAGGUACCUGCACGAGGAGUGCCAGCAGCGGAUCGUGCACUACGACAUCAAGCCGGCCAACAUCCUGCUCACGGCCGAUGACACCCCGAAGGUGGCCGACUUCGGGCUGGCACGACUGGGCGAGCGCGAGGACACGCACAUGUCGCUGACCGGCGGCGGCCGCGGGACGCCCGGGUACGCGGCGCCGGAGCUGUGGAUGGCGCUGCCGGCGUCGGAGAAGUGCGACGUGUACAGCUUCGGGAUGGUGCUGUUCGAGAUCCUGGGGCAGCGCAGGAACUACGACCCCUGCCGGGGCGAGAGCAGAGAGUGGUUCCCGAGAUGGGUGUGGGAGAGGUACGAGCAGGGUGAGAUUGAGUACGUCGUGUCGUGCGAUGGGAUCGGGGAGGCGGACAUGGAGAAGGCAGAGAUCAUGUGCAAGGUGGCGCUGUGGUGCGUGCAGUUCCAGCCGGCGGCGCGGCCGACGAUGAGCAGCGUGGUGCGGAUGCUGGAGGGGGAGAUGCCGAUUGUCCCGCCUGUGAACCCAUUCCACUACGUCAUGGACAGCAGCAGUGGCUCAACUAGCUCGGGGCUGUGGAGUGACACAUACCAAAGUAGCAGAGAGACCAUUGGCAUUGCCAUAGACAGUGAGCUAUCGGUUAGCCCUAUUGCCAAGUCGACUUGAUUGUAAGAUGAUGAUCGGACUCAUAUGUUGAUGUUGAUGAAAUCCUGUACUGUUUGCUUAUUAUAAACAAAAAAAGGCUGAGGUUUGUAAAUUAGCAUCAUGCAUAAGAAUCAAAGAUAUGCGAGUUGAGUGGAUUAGUGUGGUGUGGCACAUGUAGGCUAUCCCUGGCUAAUAAGCUAAGUACCGAAAGAUA